UCAAACAUCUCUAAAUUUUAACCAGGAAUUUUGUUGGGAAUGUUAUUGUUAUUUUGUUUUUGUUAUAAAAUCGUUUUUGGCGAAAAGUAAAAGCUAGAAAGUGAUGUUAUCAAAUUAGUAAUUAACUGUAGAAGAAUGUCGGAGAAAGGCAUAAUUGAACAUACAAUACCCUUUGAUGUCUUGAAUGACGUCCUCACAAGAUUCAUCAUUUUGGUUCCAGAAGAAGCAAAGGAAAACCUAAUACGAAUUUUCUUCCAAAUUGAACUGGCCCAUUGGUUUUACUUAGAUUUUUAUGUCGGUAAUGACCCUAGGUGCAAAACAUGCACAAUAUAUGAGUUUGCAGCCCAUGUUUUUCAACACAUACCUUCCUUAAAAUCAGAAAUUCCCAGGCUCCAUACAAUUCUUCAAGACUGGAAAACUUACAAGCAAAGUGUGCCCACAUAUGGUGCAAUUAUACUAUCUGAAGGUUUAACUCAUGUUCUAUUAGUACAAAGUUAUUGGGCAAGAGCCUCAUGGGGUUUUCCAAAGGGUAAAGUAAAUGAAGAGGAAGACCCAACUCAUUGUGCGAUCAGAGAAGUUUUUGAAGAGACCAGUUUUGAUAUAAGCCCUUAUUUAAACCCAAAUGAGUAUCUCGAAUCAAUUCUCAAUGAUCAGCUAGUACGACUGUACAUUAUAAAAAAUGUGUCAAUGGACACAGAAUUUAAACCUAGGACCCGAUGUGAAAUAAAAGCCUGUAGUUGGUUUGCCAUCUCUGAUUUGCCAAACAAUAAAAAGGAUUCCACUCCAAAAAUUAGUUUAGGAGUAAAAUCCAACUCAUUUUUCAUGAUAUUGCCUUUUGUGAAAAAAAUUAAACAAAUAUGUAACAGCCAUAACUCUGCAAGGAGAAUCAGGCAAAAAAAUACAAGUAUAACAGAAGGUGAAAUUUCAAUUUACAAAUCUAAAAACAAAGAAGAGGAUGAUGAGUUGAAAUUGAUUAAAAAGAGGGACAAGAAGCAUAGUAAAAGGCAGUUAUUUUUAGAAGAAAGCAGUGAACAAGCAGUAGAGUUUACAGCAAAGUCUUGGUCGAAUUUUAGUUUUGAUUUAAGCUCAAUAACCAAUUGUUUGGACUAAAUAAGUUUUUAUAUUAAAAACAUUUAUUGAGAGAAUUUCAUUUUUUUUUUUGGGUAGGGACACAGGAUAGAUGUUGUUUAUUUUAGAUUUUUUUUUUUAAUUUCAAAUAACAUUUAUUAAAAUACAAGCACAAUAAAGAACUUAUAAACAAG